UAUUUCUCAUCGGGUUCGAAAUCCAGUCUUUAGGGAAAGAAAGAUGUCUGCGCCCUUUCGAUCAUGAUUGUAAACAAACAUUGUAGAGCAUUACUUUUCAAGCGGCUUCCAAAACACUGCAGGCAGCUAAAAUAUUUUUCAAGUUCUUCCUCAGAUGAAUAUGAUCUCGUUGUCAUUGGUGGUGGAUCGGGGGGCUUAGCGUGUGCUAAAGCAGCCUCCCAGCUUGACAAGAAGGUUGCUGUCUUGGAUUUUGUGACCCCCUCCACUCAAGGGACAACAUGGGGCUUGGGAGGAACCUGUGUGAAUGUUGGAUGUAUCCCUAAAAAGCUGAUGCACCAUGCUGCUCUCCUGGGUCAGGCUGUUAAAGAUGCCAGAGCAUAUGGGUGGAAUGUUUCAGACCAGGUCCAAAAUGACUGGGCAACUUUGUCUACUGCAGUGCAGUCUCAUGUCAAAUCCUUAAACUGGGGUCACCGAGUUCAACUACACAACAAAGGGGUAGAAUACAUUAAUGGUUUGGGGAGUUUUGUAGAUGCAAAAACUGUGAAAGUCACUGAUCAAAAUGGAAAAGAGAGACAUUUGAGGACCAAACAUGCAGUGAUUGCAGUAGGAGUCAAACCUUACAUUCCCUCAGAGAUACCAGGUGCUUUAGAAUACGCUAUAUCAAGUGAUGAUCUUUUCUGGUUGAAGAAAUCACCAGGAAAAACGUUAAUGGUUGGUGCUAGUUACAUUGCCUUAGAAUGUGGUGGUUUUCUGAAUGGUUUGGGGAUUGACACAACGAUUAUGGUCCGAUCCAGGCCACUCCGGCAGUUUGAUCAGCAAAUGGCAGGUCUUGUUGCUGAUUAUAUGGAGUCGGAAGGUACAAGAUUUCUGAAGACCUGUGUUCCGGUAAGCAUAGAUAAAAACAGGGAAGGACAACUGGUGGUGAAGUAUGAGGAUCUGUCAAACAGACAGAUACAGGAGGAAAUCUUCGAUACGGUCAUGUUUGCUACAGGCCGACACGCUGUGAUAAAGAACAUUAAUUUAGAAGGAAUAGGGGUGAAAAUUGACGAGGGGGCUCAGAAGAUUAUUGGUGACCAUGAUAAUGACCAUGAAAGGACCAAUGUGCCAAAUAUUUAUGCUAUUGGUGAUAUAUUACACAGAAGGCCAGAAUUGACCCCUGUGGCUAUUAUGGCUGGUCAGAUGUUGGCAGAGAGGCUGUUUGGGGGUAGUCAGCUGCAGAUGAAUUAUGAUUUGGUACCUACCACAGUUUUCACUCCCCUCGAGUACGGGGUAGUGGGUAUGUCUGAGGAGGAAGCCACCUCAAAGUACGGGAAAGAUAGCAUUGAGGUGUACCACGCUUUCUACACGCCACUGGAGUUUGUAGUCCCCCAGAGAAAGGCCUCCCACUGUUACAUUAAGGCGGUAUGUUUCGAAGACCGUGUGUUGGGGCUUCACUUGAUUGGUCCAAAUGCCGGUGAAGUUAUUCAGGGCUUCUCAGUUGCUUUAAGAUGUGGUGCAACGUGGAGUGGUAUCUCCAGAAGCGUAGGGAUACAUCCUACGUCAGCAGAGGAAGUCGUCAAACUUCACAUCACAAAAAGGUCAGGGCUUGACCCCACUGUCACCGGAUGCUGAGGUUAAUUCACCCUGUUUGUGCUCGGCUAGCGUAUCUGGUAUUGGUUUAGUGGUUGUGAGUGUAUUAUUUAUUUCUUUUGAAGACGCAAUCAAAUGAUGUAUUUUGAUUUGUAUUUAAUAUAACAUAUAUUGCAUACAUUGCUGUGAUUUGUGCUGUGCGUUUCCAUACCGGUCCCAAAUGACUUCUUCAUUGCGCAAUCACGGGACUAGAUCAUUUUCUGUAAUUCUGUAAACACAAACUGGUGAAUGUGAGGUUAUUACAACAUCAAAGAAAGAAUGUCUGACGAAUUAAAUGUGAUUGCCAGUAAAUGUUAAUGUGGAAAAUUGCCGAUGCUAGCCGGAUGUCGAACAGGGAAGGAUUUUGGUGGACUUUGUCACUCACCUGGUAUGACGAUCCGAAUCUAACCUUGUCAAAGAGAGUCAGAUCUGAUUCAACAGGUGUCACGUGCUUCCGCUUUGACCUAGCUUGUCAUGUUAUUUUUACAUGUGUCGAUUUCUACUGUCAUAUUGCAUUUUUGCAGUGCCAUUAAACCAUUUUGCUGAU